UUUGUCAGCUGGAAAUGAUUAGACAAGGGGGGUCACAGAAACAUUUCACUUUCUUACAUCCGAGAGUGAAGCGACAUUUCUUAAAAUAUUCGCGAUUUUCCGUUUCGUAAAUGGCAUCCUUUGAUGUGGUUCAACAGAUGGACAAGAACGCCCGUCCGCUGGCUUUAUCAGGCCAUGUUGGUUUUGACAGUCUACCAGAUCAACUGGUGAACAAGUCCACUAAUCAGGGGUUCUGCUUCAACAUUCUCUGCAUUGGUGAAACUGGUAUCGGCAAAUCAACUUUGAUGGACACUCUCUUCAACACCAAUUUUGAGAAUUUUGAGUUUUCUCAUUUUGAGCCGAAGGUGAAGUUGCGAGCGCAGACGUAUGAUCUUCAGGAGAGUAACGUUCGCCUAAAGCUCACUGUGGUUAAUACUGUUGGAUUUGGAGAUCAGAUGAACAAACAGGAGAGUUACCAGCACGUUGUGGAUUACAUUGACACUCAGUUUGAAUCGUACUUACAAGAGGAGUUGAAGAUCAAACGCUCUCUUCAUAACUACCACGACUCCAGAAUCCACGCAUGCCUCUAUUUCAUCGCGCCCUCUGGACACUCGCUCAAAUCCUUAGAUCUGGUCACCAUGAAGAAGCUGGACAGUAAGGUCAACAUCAUUCCCGUCAUCGCUAAAGCCGACACCAUCUCCAAGAGCGAGUUACACAGAUUCAAGAUCAAGAUUAUGAGCGAACUCGUCAGCAACGGCGUGCAGAUUUACCAGUUUCCAAUCGAUGAUGAAACGGUGGCGAAGAUCAACACGGCAAUGAAUGGUCAUCUUCCAUUUGCUGUUGUUGGGAGCACAGAGGAGGUGAACAUCGGGAACAAAAUGGUGAAAGCCAGACAGUAUCCCUGGGGAGUUGUGCAGGUGGAGAACGAGAAUCACUGUGACUUUGUGAAGCUGCGUGAAAUGUUGAUCUGCGUGAACAUGGAGGAUCUUCGUGAACAGACGCACACGCGACAUUACGAGCUCUACAGACGCUGUAAACUGGAGGAGAUGGGUUUUAAAGAUACGGACCCAGAGUGCAAACCUGUCAGUCUCCAGCAGACGUAUGAGGCGAAACGGCAGGAGUUUCUGGGCGAGUUACAGCGGCGCGAGGAGGAAAUGAGACAGAUGUUUGUCCAGAGAGUGAAAGAGAAAGAGGCUGAGCUUAAAGAUGCAGAGAGAGAGUUGCAGGGGAAGUUCGAGCAGCUGAAGCGACUGCACACAGAAGAGAAGAGCAAACUGGAGGACAAACGCAGGAGUCUGGAAGAGGAGAUGAGCGUGUUUAACAAACGCAAAGCUGCAACGGAGCUGCUGCAGGCGCAGUCCUUCAACGCCAGCACCAACAACAAGAAAGACAAAGAUCGCAAGAAUUCUGGAUUCAUGUGACAAGAGAGACGACCUUAAGCCUGAUUCACACACGAAAUAUUGAUGCGCAGCAGUGUUAUAUAUCAUGUUUGUAAUGAACAUUGCAUCCGGUUGUUUCUCUUAUAAUUAAAGUAAGAAAAUACACACACACCAGCAUAUCUGUGGCUGUUUGCAUUCACGUUAAAGCUUCGUGGUACUGUAUUUUAUGGACACGACAGUCACGAUUCGUCACUUUGAAAAAUCCACACGUCUUUGUGUGUGUAGAAAAUGGAAAUAAUCUUCUGAACAAAAUGAAUGCUACGCUCUUUUGAGAACGUUAAUCUACUAUUUUUCCUCUGCUGGACUUGGGUUUUUACUGACCAGUAUUGAAGUCACUGUUUGUGGAGGGCUAAAAACAUGAAUUAAAACUAUCCUAUAGUCAUUUACUACAAAUAAAGGUUUACCUUAUUGCAUUUAUUUUCUACAUUUUAUACUGGUAUGUUACAUGUAUUUAAACAGUGUUAAUUUGGGUGAAGUUUUAACCAAAUAAACGUAUGUAUUUUUCUGCAAGCUGCAUUUCCUGUGUUAACACUGGUCACAUCAAGCUUUGUUUUCGCUAUGCAAAAGUCUUGGCUAUACUUUAAAAACAGUGUUUAUUUUUUAUAUUUAUUGCCUGGCCUUGUGUGCUUAAUCUGUGUGUUACUGUAGCGGUGAUUUGUAUUUAUUUAAACUGAGGGACGUGUCAGUUAUUUGAGUUGUAAUUCACAUUAUGCCACAAAUGUUGUCAAUGGAGCUCAUCUUGUAUUUAUUUAUUUUGUCGCAAUGUGCAGUUAAACACUAUAUGACGUCAUCUGGAAGCUGCCACAAUGUUAAUUAGCGAUUAAUCACAAACACGCCAUUUGCAUUUUGUAGCGAUAUAAACCAAUUAUAUCAUAGAGCACGUUUUGUAUUUGUUUACCUGACACCCUCACUAACAAAAAUCAUGCAAUAUGCUGUAUUUAUCUAUAUUAUGUUGUUUAUUUGCUUUUGGUGACUAAAAUGAUUAAAAUGAUCUUCUAGCCAUUUUUUUCACAGAAUUGCUGGAAUUGAAAAAAUAAAAAUAAUAAAAUCAAUAACAUCCAAUGAAAACAAAUAUCACUAUGAUGCUGUGAUCCUGUAACCCUUAAAAACAUUUUUCCAUUUUUUGGGGGGGAAAAGAUGAUCUGACUAAACAGUCCCAGUACAUGCAUUUGUGAGUAGUUCCAACAGAACGGAUCAGAUGCAUUAUUCAUUCUCUUUCAACAUAUUUCUCAUGGAUAAACGUAACUGCAUCACACACAACAGUACAAAGUGAUUAUAAGCAACUCACUGUUACAUUAUUUCUUACAGACUUUUCCACAUGUGUGAUAAACUAACAAAUACAAAUUGAGCACUUAGGAUUUGACCUCAUAUUCCAUGUUAUUUGUCACGUUUGAGUCGUAUAAAAUGCAUUAAUAAAGCCUAUUGUGAAAUUAUCUAACUAGAAGCAAUAAAGGCUUUAAGUUGAAAAGAAAUCAUAUAUAGUGGCUUUCUAUUGUACAACUGUAUUGUGAGUUUCUAGUUGCAUCCUUGAUUUGACAUACGAUGACUUGUGGAGUCUUUUGAUGACUUAAUAAAAUU